AUGCGGACUCCAGGAAAGGAGUGGAAAAUCUGCCUCACAGGAGAAGUCCUGUUCGGGGAUGAACUGGAUAAGCUAAUAUCCAAGGCUACGGUGGGUAAGUCUACGUACCUUCCUUUCACUACACCCCCAGCUAGGAAAACCUACACUACUCCAACUCAGCAAUCCUUUCGGACAGCAAAGUUCAAAUGCAAGUCCAAGGGUUCCUCUUCUACCUUCAAAGAAACACAAUUUUACUUCUCGUAUGGAAGCUACACAGGAUUUGCCUUCAACUUAAAUGAAUUUAUUGUGAUUGCUCCAGUACAGAAUUAUUUUGUUGCACAAAAAAUGGAAAGGUUUUUACACACUGGAAAGAAGUCUGUUAGUGAAGAAAAGGAUGAAGAACCACAGGCCAGUGGCACAGUCGGGAAGAAAAGGAAACAUCGCAGAUACGACGAUACUUACCUAGACAUCGUUUUUACAUCUGUAGAUGUCAACCAUGAAGAGCGUCCACAGUGUGUACUGUGCCUGAAAAUAUUGUCAACAGAAAGCAUGAUUCCAAGCAAACUAAGACGCUAUUUGGAGACCAAUCACCCUAACAUGGCUAAGAAACCGCGUGAUUUCUUCAGCAGAAAGCUAAAAGAAUUAAAAGGACAAAAAGGCACAUUCUUUAAACAAGCAUCCAUACCAUGCAAUGCUUUGCUUGCAUCCUACAAGGUGGCACAUAGAAUUGCGAUGUGUAAAAAGCCUCACACCAUUGCAGAAGAACUGAUUUUACCGGCUGCAGUGGAUAUGGUUAACAUUCUGGUUGGGGAAUCAGCUGGAAAACUGCUUUCAAAGGUACCUUUAUCAAACAAUACCAUCAGUCGCAGAAUCCAACAUAUGGCUGAAGAUCUAAAUGACCAGUUCAUUGAAAAAAUGAAAGGGAAGGAUUUUGCGCUACAACUAGAUGAGCCAACAGACAGUAACAAGUAUGCUCAUUUGAUUUGCUACACACGCUUUGUAGAUUGUGACAAUAUUGUGGAAGACCUCUUUUGUGAAAGUAUCACCGCCGGUAUAAAGGCACACGACUUGUUUCAGAUCAUUGACACUUUUUUGAGUGAAAACCAGUUAGACUGGACAAAGUGCUUUGGUGUCUGUACUGAUGGUGGUCGUUCUAUGUCUGGCUGUUAUGGAGGAUUGCAGGCACUCAUACGAAGCAAAGCUGCUGAUGCGCUUUGGACCCACUGCAUUAUCCACAGGGAAGCCCUUGCAUCAAAGCAUCUGAGUCCGCCACUCAAUGCAGUCAUGGAAAGUGUGUUGAAAGUUGUGAACUUUAUAAAAACUCGACCACAGAAGUUACACCAGGAACUCUACUCAUAUCUUGUAGAAGAAGAACAUGAGUGUGCCAAUAACUACUUGGAUACUGUGUUUUUUUUGUCCAAGUUAGCCUACCUGUGUGAUAUCUUUGAUAAACUGAAUGCAUUGAACCUCUCACUGCAGGGAAACAACACCCACAUUCUUAAACUCUCAGAGAAGUUUGCUACAUCCGAUGAUGUUUGUUUGACACAUGAAUGUGUCACACUUAAAUCAGUUUUUGAGCAGCACCUAACAAACCUCAGUUACUGGUUUGAAAAAUAUUUUCCUGAAAAUAUGGAAAAGUUCGUAUGGAUCCAGGAUCCAUUCAAUACUAGUGCCCCAAUCAAAUUUUCUUCUGUAGAAGAAGAAAAACUCAUCGAGCUCUCCUGUGACAAGACCUUGAAAGUAAAAUUCAGCAGCAUGGGACUUGAAGAGUUUUGGAUAUCCAUUAAAGAUGAAUAUCCAAUGCUAAGUGCUAAAGCACAGCAAAUCCUUGUUUCUUUUGCAACAACAUAUUUGUGUGAAGCUGGGUUUUCAGCAGUUGCUGUAAUAAAAAGCAAGUACUGUUCAAAAAUCAAUGUGGAAGAGGAAAUAAGGGGGGCAGUGUCCAAGCUAAUCCCAAGGUUUGAAAAGUUGUGCAGUGCACAACAGGCUCACAUAUCCCAAUAA